GUCGCCCACCGGCGACGGAGAUGCGUUGUGUGUUACAGAAGAGGAGCUGGCUGGUGACGACGAGGACAUGCCGACCUUCCCAUGCACACCAGAGGACCGGCCGGGGCCCCGCUGCAGCCGCUGCCAGAAGAACCUGUCUUUGCACACAUCGGUGCGGAUUCUUUACCUCUUCCUGACCCUGCUCCUAGUGGCCGUGGCCGUGCUGGCCUCCCUGGUUUUCAGGAAAGUGGACUCUCUCUCGGAAGACAUCUCCCUGGCCCAGGCCAUUUAUGACAAGAAGCUUAUGUCUAUGCAGGAAAAUCUCCAAGGACUGGAUCUGAAAGCCCCAAACAACUGUUCCUUCUGCCACGAGGCUGGGCAGCUGGAGCAAGAGAUCAGAAAACUGCAGGAGGAGCUGGAGGGAAUUCAGAAGAUGCUUCUGGCCCAGGAGGUGCAGCUGGACCAGACCUCUCAGACCCAUGAGCUGCUCUCCACCACCAGCAGUCAGAUCUCCCAGGAGAUGGGCAGUUGUUCAUUCUCCAUCCACCAGGUCAACCAGUCUCUGGGGCUCUUUCUUGCCCAGGUGAGAGGCUGGCAGGCCACCACGGCUGGCCUGGACCUCUCUCUGAAGGACCUCACCCAGGACUGCUAUGAUGUCAAGGCUACAGUCCACCAGAUCAACUUCACCGUGGGGCAGACUUCGGAGUGGAUCCACGGGAUCCGGCGGAAGACUGACGAGGAGACCCUGACCCUCCAGAAGAUUGUCACCGACUGGCAAAACUACACCCGGCUCUUCAGCAGCCUGCGCACCACCUCAGCCAAGACUGGGGAAGCAGUCAAGAACAUCCAGGCCACCCUGGGGGUCUCCUCCCAGCGCAUCAGCCAAAAUGCCGAGAGCAUGCACGACUUGGUGCUGCAGGUCAUGGGCCUGCAGCUGCAGCUGGAUAACAUCUCGUCCUUCCUGGACGACCACGAAGAGAACAUGCAUGAUCUGCAAUACCACACCCGCUAUGCCCAGAACCGCACGGUGGAGAGGUUUGAGACGCUAGAAGGACGCAUGAUUUCGCAUGAGAUCGAGAUCGGCACCAUCUUCACCAACAUCAAUGCCACCGACAACCACGUGCACAGCAUGCUGAAGUACCUGGACGAUGUGCGGCUCUCCUGCACGCUGGGCUUCCACACCCACGCCGAGGAGCUCUACUACCUGAACAAGUCCGUCUCCCUCAUGCUGGGCACCACAGACCUGCUCCGGGAGCACUUCAGCCUGCUCAGUGCGCGGCUGGACUUUAACGUCCGAAACCUCUCCAUGAUCGUGGAGGAGAUGAAGGCUGUGGACACGCAGCAUGGAGAAAUCCUUCGCAACGUCACCAUCCUAAGAGGUGCCCCCGGCCCUCCAGGACCAAGAGGACUCAAAGGAGACAUGGGCACGAAGGGGCCCGUUGGCAGCAGAGGACCAAAAGGAGACCCUGCUUUCCAGCAUCUUCAGAACCAACCUGGCCAGCAGUUCCCUGUGGCUCCCAGCGCUUGA